AUGACGUUCAAGUCUUGCUGGAGAGAGCUCAAGCGCGACGGUUGGACGUCGAAGCCACCCGUUGAAUUAUCUAACGACUUCUUCUACAUAAAACCUGGGAAAACGAAGAAGGGCGUGCGAGGCGAAGAUUUUUUCCUUGGCGAAAAGGAGUUAAUGGAUCACUUGGACCGCUUAGCUCUGGGCCGAAUGCGUCAGAAGCAGAAGGACCGUGAUGUUUACGGACGGACAAUCGCUGCCCAGAACGAGCCUGUCCACGACGGAUCGGCAUCCGGAGAACAUCGAGUUGGUCCAUCUGAAGCUGCUGUUGAGGGCAGUACAACCUCCCCUGCAGUAACCCCAGAGCACACAUCACUAGGCGAGCGCCUCAUCCCUACGUCCCCGCACGUGAUGGCCAGUGAUGAAGAGAGUGAGAGCUGUUCGCAGAAUGGCACACCAGUACCGGAUGACUCUGAAGUACAGCGCAAUUUGGAGGCGGACUUUGAAGGUGUUGUCAACGCUGGAGACGGUGGUGAUGCUGGACGUGACAUUCAGGCGAACCAGGGCACGCUGGCUACACAUCGACCGCAACCCAUCGAUGAAGAAACAAAAGAAACGGAGCCUCCAGGCAACACCCCAAAUACAGACACGUUACGAGAUCCGAAUAUCAUAACCGCUGACGAAGGUCUUGGUGAAUAUGCUGCCCUUGAUUCCGAUGGCGGGUGCGAAGGCGAUUCUGUAUACGAUGACGAUGACGAACUUGACUGGGUUGAGCCCAACCCAGAUUCUGAGGAAGAAAACGACUCCCCGACCGACAUUCACUUUACACCCGAUCUACUCGCCACGUACCUGAAGCCGCGCUAG